AUGGAGCUGGCGAUCCAACGCGAGAUGGUGGAUCAGCACAAGGUACUUGAAAGCACCUCAGCCGGACAAGAAGUGUGCAAUACUUUGAACCAAGAGGAGGCAGAGAUCAAGACAUGCAUUGCUGAGUACUAUGAGGAGAUGCAACGAAUACGAAAGGAAAGAGAUGAAAGCAUGUAUCAAGAGCUUGAAGACCAUGAAGAGCUCAUCAGGAUUGCGAGAAGCAGGAGCGAAAAGAUAUGUCGUUACAGGCAGGCCGAGAUGAAGAAUUCUAUGGAGACCCUGAUCCGGGAUAACUUUGAUAGCGAUCACGUGGAGCCGGAGGAGGAGAAGAAGAAGAGGCUGGCCAAAGAAUAUGUCAUAGAGGAGUUCGAAGAAGGUCCAGAUUCCACAAGCACAGAGAAACGCAGUAGCCAAAGCGGCAGUCGACCCAGCUCCUUUGGCAUUCCCUGGAUGGUUACCUCGGGCGUUUCGCAGGCCAUGGGUCAGUGGUGGUCAAACCGAGACCAGAAGAACAUCGCCAUCAGCGUAAGCAUGCGGGGCAAAUAUUGCUCCCUCAUUGGUCCCGCGUACCGCAAGUCGUAA